CCAUCAAUCAGCCUGGAAGCUAACUUUGACCAGAGCACCUCCUGCCAGCUACCACCUGCCUACAAUGACACCUAUGUGGGUCAGCUCCUAACAAAUGUGGACUACAUGAUGAAAGCAUUAUGGCACGGGACUUACUUCCCGAGAGAUAAACGCACCAAGUUCUCAGAGCGCUGGCGCUCGAGUCUGGACCUCAAUGCUGAGGGCGUUCCUGAAUCAAAGAAGAUCAUCCUUACAGAGUUCACAUUAGCAGGAAUGAUCGACAUCACGAAGGACCCUGACUAUGCCACCAUCUACGAUAAAAUGCGACUCUUCCCCAUGAGCAAGCACGACGCCAACAUCGACAAGCGUCUCUUCAUGCAGUACGUCAAUGACAUGACUGUACAGCUGACUUGGAGACAGAAGACUGUCCAGCAGCACAAUAACAUGUUUGUGAUUGAUGCAGCCUAUGAGGUCUCGGGAGCACUGAGGCUUCAUGAAGACAGGACAGACCGUGAUGUAUACGAGAGACUGCAGACCAGAUUACAGGCUCAUGUAGAUGUGAUAGAGAAACACCUGUGCAACAAGGCUGAGGUGCGCCGUCAGAUGUCCCUUCUAAAGCUAGUAAGCUUCCUCGUUCCAUUCCUGAUGGGACUGAGAAGAAAGAACAAAGUUCCAGACAUGUCUAGACUUCUACCUCAACUUACUGCCGAUGAGUGCAAGACAGAAAGGGAGCUCCCACCUAUGAUGCUAGCCCCAGACUUCCGCUGUCCAAACUUUGACUUUGGCAACAAGUACUUCCACCUUCAUGGAGGUAUCCAGAUCGACAUCGAAGGGGACGACGACAUCCUGGAGCCUCCGGAGGUGAUCGUCAACCAUUAUAACAAGAUCCAGCUGGAAGCAACAGAGAGAUUGGCCAAGCUGACGGAACCGGAUACAUUCCAGGAGUCUUAUCCUAUGGUUGUCAAAGAGCUUGGUGGAAAGAAGUACUAUGUGUUCUCCAUGGACCUUGAGACCUACUACCCGGUCUCUCCGCCACGCCCGCUCUGGUGUCACUCGUUCUAUGAGAAGAUCAAGGAUCUGAAACCCAAGAGGUUACCCUUGACGGAUAUCCACAUGCAUGAACAGUUCAAGAGGAGAUACGGCUACCAUCAAGCCAUCAAGUUCAAGUCCCUACAAAAUGGUCUUAGGCAAGCAGCUAUCAGAGGCCUAGUCUCCAUGUUCCAGACCCUUGCCUUGCAUCUGUGA